GAUCGCAGCAAGUUCGGCUGGCGGAAGAAGCUUUUCAAAACUGGCGGACGCCGAGUGACAUUCGCAGGAAUUAACGGCGCUUUCUUAAUGCCGCUUGAAAAUUGGAAAUGGAAAUCAACGAAUUUAACAAAAGCCGCAAAAUGCACGUUUCGGCCAUAAAAGGCCGGCAAUCGAGGGAGGCACAUGCAAAUGAUGAUAGCAGCAGCAGCACCACCACCAUGGUCAUUAGUAAUCAUCGAAUAUGCAACAUGAAAACAAGUAGGAGCAGCGAACUAACGACCGAUGGCAAUGGCAAAUUUUUAAUGUCAUGGCGACGACGUCGGCGACACAACAACAGCAAUGCAGCAUCAGAAACAGCAAGUCGCAAUAAUGAUAAUUGCAAUUAUUCUACAACCAAUGAUUUCAAUAAAAUCAAUAAAUUGCUGCUAAUUACGUACAUGCUGCUGAUAACAGCGGCCACAAUUUGUCAAAGCGCCGCCCAGUCGCCGUCAUCUUUGAGCGGAGGAGGAGGUGGAGGAUCCGGCUCCAAUGGGGGAUCUCCCCUGAGUGCGUUCCUCAAGUCCGGUGGAGCCUCCUACAAUCAGCAGUUGCCGCAACAGCAACUCUUUGCCAUGCUGACCAGAAACGGAGGAGGAGGAUCCUCGGGAUCAGGAGUAGGUUCGGUAUCAAGCGGAGGAAAUCGAAGAUACACGGAUGCCAGACAGCACUUUAUGGCCCUCAGCGAAGAUGACUCGGAUGCCGAAGUGGACGAGGAGGAUAUGGCAGCAUUGCAUUACCCAUUGGCCGCCUCACAUCCGCCGGCUGGAGCUCAGGGUUCGGGGAUUUCAUCCUCCAUUUCCAUACAAUCGGGAUCACUGGAGACGAGUGGAUUCGUGGCCGACGAUGGCGGGCAGUAUGAGCAGGCUCAAAAGGCACUGGAGGCAGCAGCAGCGGCGGCCAAGGCUAACAAUAAGUACAACAUUGACUGUCCCAAGGAUUGCAAGUGCCUCAAUGUCCUCUUCGACUGCGACAAACUGCAUCUGGAACGGGUGCCCGUCUUGCCCAGCUACGUGCAAACUCUGCAUCUGGCCAACAACAAACUGAACGACACAACCGUCCUGGAGAUUCGUAAUCUGUCCAAUUUGACAAAAGUAUCCUUAAAAAGGAAUUUAUUGGAGGUAAUACCUAAAUUCGUAGGACUUAGUGGUCUGAAACACUUGGUAUUGGCCAACAAUCAUAUCACCAGCAUCUCCAGCGAGGCCUUGGCGGCUUUACCUUUGCUAAGAACGCUAGAUCUGUCCAGGAAUCAAUUGCAUACCAUCGAGGUUAACUCUUUUCCGAAGCCCAAUAGUCUAGUUCACUUAAUACUCAGUUUUAACGAGAUAACCACUGUAAAUGAGCAUUCGUUUGCGGCUCUAAACAACCUCACGGAUCUGGAACUGAAUAACAAUCGCCUGAGUACUCUGCCCAUAAGGGUUUUCAAAAAUUUGAACAGACUGAAGAAGCUAGCUCUCAACUUCAACCAACUGGAGAUCAACUGGUCCACGUUCAGUGGCCUGGUGUCGAUGAAAAACCUCCAACUGAAGUCCAAUAAAAUCCGGGCGCUGCAGGACGGCGUCUUCUAUGUGAUGCAUAACAUCGAGACCAUUGAUCUGGCCAUGAACCAGAUCAGUUCACUUUCCCGCCAGGGUCUCUUCAAUCUGACAAAGCUGCGACACCUCAAUCUAUCGUACAACGCCAUAAAUCGCAUCGAGGUGGACACCUGGGAGUUCACUCAGUCGCUGGAAGUGCUGGAUCUCUCCAACAAUGCUAUUAACGAGUUUAAGCCGCAGCACUUGGACUGCCUGCAUCGGCUGAAAACUCUCAAUUUGGCCCACAACCGAUUGCAAUAUCUGCAGGAGAAUACCUUCGAUUGUGUUAAGAAUCUGGAGGAGUUGAAUUUGCGACGCAAUCGCCUGUCCUGGAUCAUUGAGGACCAGAGUGCGGCGGCUCCGUUCAAGGCUCUUCGCAAACUGCGACGCUUGGAUUUGCACGGCAAUAAUCUGAAGCAGAUCAGCAGCAAGGCGAUGAGUGGCCUCAACAACCUGGAGAUACUCAAUCUCGGUUCCAAUGCCCUGGCCAGCAUCCAGCUGAAUGCCUUCGAGCAUAUGCUACGGCUUAACAAGUUGGUUUUUAAAUCGCUGAACUUCAUCUGCGACUGCGAUUUGAUUUGGUUCCAACAGUGGCUGAAGAACCGCUUUCCCCAGCAGGCCGAGCAUGCGGUCUGCGGCUAUCCGGAGCAUCUGCUCGAUCGUCAUCUGAAGUCCCUAAGCAGUUCGGAGUUAGUGUGCGUGGACUCACCGAAACCGAGGGUGGAACAGGAACCAGACAACAUGCUGGCCGUGAAUGCAGCCAACAUCACUCUGGAGUGCAUUGCCAGUUCUCCGACUGCCGCCUCACUGGCCGCCGCCGAUGAGCUGAAGAUCAAGUGGCGCCACGACAACCAGCAUGUCCAGGAGCGGCCGGGGGAACUGCAUGACGGUGCCAGCACGGAGACCCAGAUCCGCCACGACCUGAGCACCAAUCAGACCUCCAUCUACGGCUACCUAAGACUCUCCAAUGUAACCAUCGAAAGCGCUGGGCGCUAUCAGUGUGUGGUGUCGAAUGCUUUUGGAACCACCUAUGCACAGAAGUUCAAGAUUUCCAUAGGAAUUCAUCCUACCUUCCUGCAAGUGCCCUCAAAUUUAACCCUGGAUGCUGGGGAAACGGCUCGGUUGGUCUGCUCGGCUAGCGGUGAUCCCACGCCUGAGAUAGCGUUGCAAAAGUUCGGAGGUAGCGAAUUUCCGGCGGCCACCGAGCGACGGCUACAGGUGAUUCGCGAGGAGAACGCCUUCCUGAUAACCAACGCCAAGCUCAGCGAUUCUGGCAUUUACACUUGCACAGCGUUGAGUGCUGCGGGCGAGAUAAAGGUCAAUGCGACGCUGGUGGUGAAUGAUAAACCUCAGCCCAGCAUUCCCUUGGCUCACCAGGAGGUGGUUGUGGGACGCACCUGUGUGCUGCAGUGUCUCAGUGAAACGGCCAAUGCAGAUUUUGAGCUGGAGCAUCCGCACCGCGAGUGGUUCAAGGAGAACAAACCCAUACACAUCUCGCCAACGGCUCCGGAUGGGGAUCGCUACUACUUUUCGAAUAACAAGGAGCUGCUAAUAAUCCUAAAUGCUCAGUCCAACGAUGCCGGGCACUUCCGCUGUGAGAUUACGGACAACUCGCGAACAUUUACGCUGCAGUCGGAAUUGGUGGUGGUCAAGGAGAAUCUCAAUUGGGACGUCCUGCUGAUGGGCAUUAUUCUGCUGACCGUCACCUGUGUCGUGGUGGACUGCUGCAUCAUUUGGUGCACUUUGCGGUACCAGAAAAGAAAGCUACGCAUGAGCCUGGCUGCCGAGAGGUUAGCUACGCAGUUGAGGCCGCGCAGCCUGGCAGAUCUGGGCUGUGGCAAUGGCGAGGCCACGCACAGUCGCCUCAUUGUGACCACGACGCCGUCCUACGAACAGCGCUGCCUGGAACAGGGUCUCACCCUCAGCUAUCUGCAGCAGACGGACUUGGAGGCCCAGCAGGAUCAUCUUUCCAGCAAGGAUUCGGGCACCGGUUCAGAUGCGGCGGUCAAGCGGAGCCUGGAGGACUUUGUGGUGGCCAUGCCCAGGCACAAGCAUCUCACGGACGACGAGGAGGAGGACGAAGAGAGCGACCUACAGUACGCGCCCACCAGGGCUCUCGGCAUCAGCGCUGCCGAGUACGACGACAUGGAGCUAUACGAGCUGAAUCAUGCCGAAGCCGAGCAGCAGCACUUCCUGCAGAACAACAAUCACAACUACGACGGUGGCGGGGGUGGCGAUGCUGGUGGAUUGGGAAUGGUAGUAAGUGAAGCGGUGCCUAAGGUGCUGCCACGCAAGUGCAGCGCAGGAGCCAGCGGCAGCGGCAACUACAACUCCAUCCAGAAGUGCACAACUGUGGACAUUUGA